GACGCAGUACGAACCCACUUUCACUCGAACAAGAUCGAAAUAGUUCGAGCCUUUGAAGAGAAUUGCUUCUCUGCCCUAUGCCAAAGUUUUAGUUCUUCUUAAGUAAACUAAAUCACAGACAGCUCGCUCCUUUAGGUGUAGCAAUGUUGGUCUCCUCAAGUUUGUCUACAGGUUGUCAGGCCCCCAUCAUAUUCGAGCACAUGUCUGUUCUUAGUGCAGAGUGCUGAAAGUUAAGAGGGGUUCUACUUAAGGUUGGUCUACAUGCAUUCGCAGUAUGUGCGAUAUGAGCUCCAACUGUUCUGCCAUCAUUAAUUCUGCGCUCUCGUUGAUUGUUGAAGUCUGAAUUUGAUGAUUUAGACCUAUAGAAGCUUUUUUAUGUUGAAGUGAUCCACUUCCUUCAAACCUGGAGAUGUAAGAAGCGUGCUCAGCUUGGUCAAUGACCAGCCCGAUGCAAGGAGCGGGAUAUUUUGCAAGCAGCCACUUCGAUGAUGGCGUAGAGAUUCACAACAAAAGGAUAGAAUGAUUUAUGGCUGGUUCAGGAAUCAGAAUGAUCUCGUGCAAAGACAAUUUUCCUUCUUGAAGAAAAAAACUUCAGCGAUUCCAGCCUUCCUGCCUAAGGUCCAGAUAAAGAAAGAAACUUGACCGCGAUCUCUUAUUCUGACCAUGAAUCGGUAAAUAGACAUUAGCACAUGCAAUAUUACAGCGCAUCAACGAGGUAUUCCAGUUUCAAUCACGCCCCAGUUACGGAAUCUCAGGUCUCAGGCUGGGAGUAGCUUUUCCUUUUUCGAUGGAUGGUAACAAUGCAGUCGCAAUCUCCCCUCUGCCCAUCGAGGAGAGCACUUGGGUUCCAGCACGCUCAGAUAUAUACCUGAAACAGAGCUCCCUCGAGGUCUACAGUCCAGUGGAAGGACAAGCUACCUUCACAGAUGAAGUAAGGCUUAGGUACAAUCAAACAAUCAAACAAGCAAAGCUACAGCUCGUUGUUUGGUAGUGUAUGGGUGAACUCAGUCGUAUGUUGGAGGAGUUCAGUGAUGUAGCGUUACGAUGGAAAGAGCCAAGCGUCUGAAGCAAUCACUGCAGUGGUAGUCGUUGUCUCAGCACCAUCCAGUUUGGCAGAUGACAUAGAAGAACUUAGAUCGGGCAAGACUAGGGGAUAAAUUAUAUGGGCAUGUUGUACUUUCAGGCCCUCUGAACUUCACCAAGUGUAUCGCCCAAUGUACGAAGAAAAGCAUUUACGUUACUGAAUCCUUGGGAACAAGCAUUCAAACUCCACCACUCCUUUCGACAACGCUCCCAUCGAGAAAGUCCGAAUACCAGAACAAGAGUAGCAAAUGUUGCUGAUCGCUGAGAAUUCUGACUGUUGCGACGGGGCAGUGGCUGCAAGAACUGUCAGCAGAACUCUAAUAAAUGGUUAUGAACGCAUAAGCCUGGAUAUGGCCUGACGACAUCCGUAUCUAGAAAAGUGAAGCAACAACAUGGUUCAACGGAUGAGCGAGAACGAUCAAACGGAGGUGUACUUAAGUGCACACAGUACCCGGUUCAGAGGUGCGGUUGAGAUUCGUCGGGAGGCAAUAGUUUACUUUGUGAAACCUGCAGAGAAAGCAUAAACGCACAGUCAGAAGGACUCCAUGAACGUGCACAAGGCGCUUCGACUUCCUCGACGGGUACAAUGCUACAUGCACUUGAACCGAAAUGGUGCAUCUUUUCGAGACGAGCUCCUUAUUCAGAUCCAGUUGGGUCACAUAUCCUUCACACUUUCCACCGUAGGCGAACAACAUUUCGAAUGAUGGUGGCCAAAUUGAUAUCUACAGCAAACGUAUCACCUUUCAUCAUGACUCAUUGCUUCGAGUUUCGUCAUGACUGCGGGCCAUCUCUUUGUGUCGUUGAAGAUCGGGGAUCUGAACGCAGGAAUUGCACUCCAGGCUUUCCCCCCGGAAACCACGCGUGCGUAUCGAGAACUUGGGUGUUGGACAAAUCAUGAUAGCUUCAAUAAUUGUUCGUUUCCCGGGAGGUUGUUCGAGUGCAUUCCAAAAAGAUCAUGAAUGUCGAUCCAGGCUCAGCAGAAAGGAGCCGCCAUCAUGAUGAUACGUCGACUUGCAUGCCCGGUGUCUGAGUUCUGAGUUUCGGGGACCCAAGUCAAAGUGGAAAUUGCAGGACCAUAAUCGAGGUGCUGAUCGCAUCGAAUCGUGAUGAUGUAAGUUGCAGAGAGUCCUUAGAGUGUACAAACCCUUCGACGAUACGGUAGGACUCCUCUCGAGGGGGCAGAGGGAAAGACAUUGUGCACAUUUGGCCAUCAUUUAUCAAGCUUCAAGUUUUGCGUCUGCUUUCUCGGAAUCCAAUCCUUCUACAGAUCGCCCUUGACGAACCUACGACUCUUGGGCAACGUCGCUGAAUUCUUGACCGCAUCAAUUCCUUGUUUAGUUUCGGCCACCUCGAGACCGAAUUUACGCACACGAAAUUACGAACUGUGCGCUAUUCGCUCUGUAUUUUUUUCGAACGCAAUCUAUCGAAAAUUCUGUUACUUCAGCUUUCUUCGAUGAGAAAUUCAUAGCCUUCAGCUGUUAUUCUGUCAUUUGUUCUGUCCAGAAAAGGUGGAAUUUUGGCUUACAGAUGUGGCACUGCGUCGCGGGCGAUGGCUUCGACUCCAGCUAGGGAUGGGCAAGGCUCGGCUGAUGGCUAGCCGGCUCAUACUUUUGGUUAGCCGGCUAGCCGAUAAUACAGCCGGCUAGUCAAUUAGUCGACGGCUCGCCGCUACACACAGCAACCACUAUUCGAGGCCGAAAACGAACCGUUAACUCGACCCGAAUUUACGUUUUCGAGCCGAAUUUAUUUCCUAAGAUUCGGCCGAAAUUACUAAUAUGCAUUCAAAUCAACCGAAUAUUUCGGUUGAUUGCAUUUUCACCCGAUCGCCGAUUAGCCGACGGCUAGCCGACUAAAUUCCAGGCCCAGCCGGUUACCCGAAAAUUAGCCGGCUACGUGCCCAUCCCUAACUCCAGCUGCGCUGAAGAACGAAAUUAAAAAUGGAUUAUUGCCUCCAGAGAGGAUCGAACUCUCGACCUUUCCCUUACGAAGGGAACGCACUACCACUGUGCUAUAGAGGCUAUGUACUCAGACUGCAGAUAUUUAUUAUAUAAUCUAACAAGAACUAAUACAGUAACGAGUG